AUGAAGCUUCUCAGUCUCCUUGCUGCCGCCGGCCUUUGCCAGGCCCACACGAUCUUUCUGUCCCUCGAGGCCGAUGGUGUCAAUAGUGGCGUGUCCCAGGGCGUCCGGACUCCCGAGUACGAUGGUCCUCAGACCGACGUCACGUCUCAGUACCUCGCCUGCAACGGCGGUCCAAACCCUACCAAACCAACCGACAAAGUCAUCACCGUCACCGCCGGCUCUACAGUGAUCGCCGUCUGGCGUCACACCCUGACCAGCGGCCCCGAGGACGUGAUGGACGCCAGCCACAAGGGGCCAACGCUCGCUUACCUCAAGAAGGUCACCGACGCAAAGACUGAUGCAGGCACCGGGCCCGGGUGGUUCAAGAUUCAGGAGGACGGUCUGAGCAAUGGUGCCUGGGGAACGGAGCGUGUCAUUGGCAAUGCUGGGAAGCAGGCCAUCACCAUUCCCAAGUGCAUUGCGAAUGGCCAGUACCUUCUGAGAGCCGAGAUGAUUGCCCUGCACGGUGCCAGCUCCUAUCCGGGGGCUCAACUGUACAUGGAGUGCGCUCAGAUCAAUGUCGUGGGCGGGACUGCGGCCAAGAGCCCGGCUACAGUCAGCUUCCCCGGUGCCUACAAGGGGCCGGAUCCCGGCAUUACGAUUAAUAUCUACUACCCCGUCGUUACGAAUUACACAAUUCCAGGCCCGGCCAAGUUUAGUUGCUGA